UACGUUACUCUGAGAUCGUGAUGUGUCAUGGUGGAAAGGGAAAGAAUUUUUUGUUUUCGUGGCAUUGCUAGACGAAUUUUGUAAUUGUAUUUAAAAUCAUGGAUGCAUCAAAUAAUCAAGCCACAUUUGGAAGCCCUCCGUACAAUCCUGGAACUCCAGGAGAAUCACAGUACAUGGUGGAGAGUCCCAGUAAAUAUAUGCCAACACACAGCGACUUUCAGUUUGUCGACGUUGGUGCUGCAGGCAGUCAAGGCUCAGAAAAUAUAAGUGGUACACUAGAGAGUGGACCAGAACCAACAAGCAGUGGACAUAGCUAUCCCAGGAAACGCGGCCCUGCCUCCCAGUUCUUGGAGAACAAAGGUUUUGGCUGGCUCCUGGAGGAGGAUGAAGAUGUGGAUGAGGAAGACCAAAGGCCUUUGUUAGAAGAAUUGGAUAUUGAUAUCCCUGAUAUACUGUACAAACUACGCUGUGUUCUACUACCUGUGCCUGUGAUGAAGUGGAAAGUGAACAGAGAAGUGCUGAGGGACAACCCAGACUUCUGGGGACCUUUAGUUGUUGUUCUGGUCUACUCCUUGCUGUCACUCUAUGGGCAGUUUAGGGUAAUCUCCUGGAUUCUCACUAUAUGGGUGUUUGGUUCCAUGUUGGUCUUCAUGUUAGCAAGGGUUUUAGGAGGAGAGGUGACAUACUCCCAGUGUCUGGGCAUCAUAGGUUAUUCUCUGUUACCCCUUGUGGUGAUGGGUACAUUACUACCACUAGUGCAUUCCUUCUAUUAUAUUAGUAUGGUGUUGAAGGUCCUAGGUGUUGUUUGGGCAACAUACAGUGCAGGAACAUUGCUUUGUGUGGAAGGAUUGCAGCAUAAAAAGCCUUUACUUCUCUAUCCCGUCUUUUUGCUGUACAUCUACUUCUUUUCAUUAUACACUGGAGCUUAAGACGAACUAUAACAUUUCAGCCGACUUGUGUUCAAUCUCAGCAGUCACACCAGAUAUAGCUACAGACCAUCAUGUUAGCUCCUCUUGGUAAAGUUGAAGUGUACAUGGAUCUACUUCCAAGUAACCAUAACUUGGCCUAUAGAUCCUUGUCACCAGCUGUAUACAGGGAGAAUGUCUGGCAACAAGGUUUUCAACCCCUGUUGAGCAUGGCAAAAUGCCGACAUAAGAUGGAAAAGUGCCAUGUACAUGUUGACUUCAAUUGGAAUCGUGGGGACAGUACAUGCAACCUCUACUCUCUUUGCUCUCCAAAAUACUUUGGCAGGCUAUUCUCAUGUGAGAAUACAUUGUAGAGUUAAAUGUUUUUCCUGUACUCUAUCUGUGAUGGAAAUGAGAAGUAACUUAAGAUCUGUAAAUAUCCUUGACAUGUUAAGUCAAGUAAUAUUUUGUAAAUUGUCUGGACCCUCGUCCCUUGUGAGAAAUUUGGAGAUGGCAUGAAAUUUUGUAAAUACAUCAGACUAUGUGAUAUGUACUAUUAUUAAAAUAUUCUAAAUUACUAAUUUAAUAAUGA